AUGAAACAGUACUACAAAAUAAAGUACAAGCAGGAGCUAAAUGAAGAUCCUCUGGCACUCGGAAGAGACAACCGAGCAGAGACAGCAGCGGAGGAAGGCCUCGAGCAGGGCUCAGCUGCUAUAACCGCUACUCCCUUCCACAGCCGGCCCAGCUCCCCCAGAAGCUCCCUACUCACCCCACCCGUCCCUAUCCCCUCACGCAGCCGCAAGCAGACCCCACAAGCCCCCAAGACUCCCAAACUCCCUUUCCGCCCUCCACCGAGCCCCGCAGCCCUCCCGGGCCUCCCCAGCCCGCGCCUCACACCUCCCCGCCUCGCCGCUCGCCUCACACCGCCGCUCCCACACGCUGCACCUACGCUUGCUGGCUCGUCCGCCCGCCCUCCCCUUCCUGCCUCAGGAUUGGCUGUCCGCGUCAUAGCCCCGCCUCCUGCCGGUCGCGAUUGGCCCUUGCGCCCGAGCGGCGACUCCGCGCUUUGGAAACUGGGGUGUAGCUUCUUCACAGAGCACUUCCGCACAGCUUUCCAUGAAGUUGGGGCUCUUGUUUUUGACAUUGGCUCGUAUACAGUGAGAGCAGGCUAUGCAGGCGAGGACUGUCCAAAGGUUGAUUUUCCAACAGCCAUUGGUGUGGUGCUAGAAAGGGACAAUGGCAGCACUCUGAUGGAGAUUGAUGGUGAUAAAGGCAAACAGGGAGGCCCAACGUACUAUAUAGACACCAACGCCCUCAGAGUUCCCAGGGAAAAUAUGGAGGCCAUUUCACCUUUAAAAAAUGGAAUGAUUGAAGACUGGGAUAGUUUUCAGGCAAUUUUGGAUCACACUUACAAAAUGCAUAUUAAAUCUGAAGCAAGUUUGCAUCCUGUCCUUAUGUCCGAAGCACCGUGGAAUACUAGAGCAAAGCGUGAAAAACUGACUGAAUUGAUGUUUGAACACUACAACAUCCCUGCUUUUUUCUUGUGUAAAACUGCUGUUCUAACAGCUUUUGCUAAUGGGAGAUCUACAGGUCUCAUUUUGGAUAGUGGAGCAACACACACCACUGCUAUUCCAGUGCAUGAUGGAUAUGUACUUCAGCAAGGUAUUGUAAAAUCACCACUUGCAGGAGACUUUAUUACUAUGCAGUGCCGGGAAUUGUUUCAGGAAAUGAACAUAGAGAUAAUUCCUCCAUAUAUGAUUGCCUCAAAGGAAGCAGUUCGUGAGGGGUCACCAGCAAAUUGGAAGCGAAAAGAGAAGUUACCCCAGGUCACUAGAUCUUGGCACAACUACAUGUGUAAUUGUGUCAUUCAGGACUUUCAAGCUUCUGUCCUCCAAGUAUCAGAUUCAACCUAUGAUGAACAGGUAGCAGCACAGAUGCCAACAGUUCAUUACGAGUUCCCCAACGGCUAUAACUGUGACUUUGGUGCUGAGCGUCUAAAAAUUCCUGAGGGAUUGUUUGACCCUUCUAAUGUAAAGGGUUUAUCUGGUAACACGAUGUUGGGUGUGAGCCACGUUGUCACAACAAGCGUUGGAAUGUGUGAUAUAGACAUCAGGCCGGGCCUCUAUGGCAGCGUGAUUGUAGCAGGAGGAAACACUCUGAUACAGAGUUUCACAGACAGAUUGAACAGAGAGCUGUCUCAGAAAACUCCACCGAGCAUGCGCCUGAAGUUGAUAGCGAACAACACAACAGUGGAGCGGAGGUUCAGCUCGUGGAUUGGUGGUUCCAUUUUGGCUUCUUUGGGUACGUUUCAACAGAUGUGGAUUUCCAAACAAGAAUAUGAAGAAGGAGGGAAACAGUGUGUAGAAAGAAAAUGUCCUUAAACCUCUUACUGUGAAAACUGCUGCCUGCUCAGUGCUCCUUCUGUUUUAUAGCUUUAGCAUACUCAGGAAUGGGAUGGACUCUUUUUGUAGAAAGUUUAUAUUGGAUUUUUUGGAUAAUUCAAGUUCCAUUUUAACAAACCUUAGAAAUUUUGAGACACCUAAUAGGUACUAUCAUAGAAAAAGGAUGUUUACAUCCCUUGUAAAGCAAUAAUUCAUGUAACAAGCAUUUUAUAAUUUUGUAUAAAUAUCUAUUUUCUCUAGUAUCUUUUCCUGGGAACAGCUCUACAGGUUAGCUAGUAGAUAGAGGCCUAACCUUGCAAAUGCCCAUGCAAAUUUAUUAAAAACCUCUUGUCUACUUUCACAUAUUAGUCUUCCUUGCUGGUACUUUGGCCUUGAAUUGCUCUUGUCUCUUAAAAAAUAAAAUUUUUUUAUAUUUGAGCAACUUUGUGAGUACUUGCAGAGAAAGUUACUGUUCUGUUUUACAGAUGGAAAGUUUGUAAUCUACUAUAGGUGACUCUGUUCAGUGUAAACUUUUACUGUCUCAUGAAAGUGUUACAUUCCACGUGGUGAAUGUUACAUUAAGCACUGGUUUGCUAAUUUUCUGUUAUGGAGCAAUUCCAUUUCAGUAAACAAUCAGUGCUUUCCACCUGAUUUCUAAGAAUGUAUGUAAUGACUUUGUGAUGUAGGUGAAAAGCAAAACGUGUUCAAGCCAGGGAAGUUAAAGCAAAAGAAUUGUCUCUAAGACGAGGAGAAUGGUCAUUGAAGACCUCAGGCUGUGGUUGACAUUUUGGCAGGAAGCUGUAACUCCGACGGGCAGUCACUGCUUGUUUAUUGCUGGUAUAACUCCCUCCACUGACUCAGAGCAGGGUUAGUAAGUGCCUGCAUUUUGCAUGGGGAGUGUGCACUCAGGGGCAGAGGAAGAAGGAUGAUUUUUUUUUUUUUUUGAGCAGGAACUGGCUGUCAGGAUGCAGCUCUAUGUUGCUGUUAAAAUAAGUUUAAAAAUGUGUGAUGUUCUGUAUUGGGACACAAUGGAGUUUUGCUCCUUAUCUUAAAAGCUGUGGAAAACCAAAUAGCAUUUAACUGAUUUUUUAAAAAAUAAUGUAAACAGUACUGCUACAUUUUUCGUAUCCUAAAAGAUCUUGUGGGUAAAUAAUGAUGAGGCCUCUAGUUGAAAACAGUUUCACGUUACCUCCAAACAAUAAAGUAAUUUAUCAAA